AUGUCCGGCCGCGGGAAGCAGGGCGGGAAGGCGCGGGCCAAGGCCAAGUCGCGCUCGUCGCGGGCCGGGCUGCAGUUCCCCGUGGGCCGCGUGCACCGGCUGCUGCGCAAGGGCAACUACGCGGAGCGGGUGGGCGCCGGCGCCCCGGUGUACCUGGCGGCCGUGCUGGAGUACCUGACGGCCGAGAUCCUGGAGCUGGCGGGCAACGCGGCCCGCGACAACAAGAAGACGCGCAUCAUCCCCCGCCACCUGCAGCUGGCCAUCCGCAACGACGAGGAGCUCAACAAGCUGCUGGGCAAGGUGACCAUUGCGCAGGGCGGGGUGCUGCCCAACAUCCAGGCCGUGCUGCUGCCCAAGAAGACCGACAGCCACAAGGCUAAAGCCAAGUGAACGCCAAAGAGAAAUGCCAGGGAAGUUUUUUCCCAGAGAAACCCAAAGGCUCUUUUCAGAGCCACCAACA